GGAGCAUUUUCCUUUGAUCACGGAGAUGAUGAGGACUUCGAAACGACUCCAGUAUCGCAGAGACGAAAGCCGAUAUCAAGUGAAGUAAGCACUCCGACAUCAGUGAAAACACCCCCGCUAAAGGGAAUGCGAAUCAAAGGCUUAUCGACACUGACCGACUCUGGUGAAAAGGUUUUGGGUCCAACAUUCAUGAGUGCAAUAAACGGGUAUGCCGAAAGGAGCCAAGAUAUAUUCAGUCAGGUGCUCAACAAAACUGCUCCGAAGGCUCAAGCUCUACGUGAAAGGACAAUGAGACCUUUGGCUGCGGCAGCGGCGACAAAAAUGGAACAGAGUCAGCAUCUUGUGAAGAGCAAAACAGCAGGAAAUCAGACUAGCUCACAAGCAGCUUCGCAACAAAGUAAAAACCAGCAAACAGUCCGAGAAAUCUGUGACCAGGUGCUGUCUGGGCAAGGCGUUGGCGUGUUCACUUACCCAAAAUUGAAACGGUUAAUGGAAGACGAGAGCCUGAGGGAGCUGGUUUGUUCGAAGCUGAACUUAGGCUUGGAGCAUCGUUUGACGGACGAAGAUUAUGUAAAAGAAAUUGCAUUGAGUAGAGUUCAAUACAAGGGUUACGUCCGUGUUCUGCAGGCAUGCAUUGCAGGGAUUGAGGUACCGCUAGUAUCCUUCAACACCCCUGGAUGCUGCGGAUUGGCUAGCGUGUUCCAUGUACUAGAGAUAGCUCACACACACUAUUGGUGCAAAGGUAGCGACAUCGCAUCUCCAUCCAGUUCCACUCCAAGCACAGUGAGUUCAUGUUGUAUUAUAUUUAAUUUGACCAUGGAAAAUGGUUUUGUACGUUUUAACAGAUUCUAGUG